AUGGGAGGUUUCAGUCGCAUCCCCGUCCAGAGUGGGAGAGAGCGGGGCCGAUCUUCCAAGACUCGGAAAAGUCGAGCAUGUAGGGAGAGCGGGAAGACCCUCUCGCAUCUCCGGAGCCACCGCUGUCUUGGGCUUGGGCCGCUGUCGGCCGACUCCGGGUCCGCCCGCUCAGACGCGGCAGCGCGACCGCUUCGUCCCGCGGCCGGGUCGCUCGGCAUCUACUCCUGUCACGCCGCGGGCAACUGCGGCGACUUUGCCGGCACCGGGGGUCGCCGCAUCCUACUCCCGCCUGGCGCCCAAGGGGCGCGGGUUUCCCCGGACCCGCGGCCCCCGGGCCGGGCGGCGAUCAAGGGCGAGACGCUGCCGGCGGAGGCGCUCGCCCGUGCCGGCCCGAGAAAGGAAGGACGGCGACCUCCGCGUCCGGUCCGCUCGGCCAGCCCGCUUCGGCGCCGAGCGGGGGGCCACACCCAGCGCCCCGGGAGGCGGCUGGGGCUGGGCGGCCCAGGCUGCGGAUGGCGCGGCCCAGGCUCAGCCACCGUCCCGGCCGCGCAGGCCCCGCCGCGUCCGCCCGAGCCCCGCGUCCCGGCCCGGGCCCGGCGGGCUGGCGGGGAGAGGGUCCCGGGCGGCGGCGGCGGCCGGGGAUCCCGGGCUUACCUCUGUGCCAAGCGCCGUCCGCUCCGUCCCGGGCCGGGGAACGGGGAUCGGGGGCGCGGUCGCCGGUGGAGGCGCGGCGGCGGUGGCGGCCCCUGCGGCGCGGAGGGCGGGCGGAGCAGGAGCCGCUGCCUGGGCCGCGCGCCGUCCGGAGCUCGCCCCGCGCAGCCGGCGCUCGCGGCGGAGGGCGCAGCCGGUUCGGCCCCCGGGCUAGAUUCCUUCACUGACACAACUCCGGGUCGGCCCGCUCCACGCAGGGACACUCCCGCCCCUCGUAGGCUGCCCCCGCCCGCCGGCCGGCCGGCCAGCCCGCCCCUCGGUGUCACUCACCCAGGCGCACACACCCCGAGCCGGCGCCCCUCGCUCCCGCUCGCACACACAGCGCUGCUCACGCCUCUCUCGGGUUUUGUAUCCGCUCACACGCACGUUCUGACACAGAUCCCUUCCCUCCACACGCCCUCCCUAGCUCCUUUCCCACCCCACUUUCUAGAAGAAUCCCCGUACAGCUUCCGCGCUUUGCCUGCCCCACACCAACCUCCUCGCCUUUCCCCAAACCCCCGCCUCACUUAAACUGCCACUGUUAUUCAAAGGUUUUGCCACACCCCGCACGUGUUGCAGGAGAGACAUCCUCCCGUACCCAGGAGAAUGAACUUUGCUCCCCCCAGCACCGUCUACAAAUGCAAGAUGCUUUUAUUUUUAGAAAGCACUGAUGCUUUCUGGUGCUGAGCCAAGCUCAAAAUGUAAACAAAGGUAGCCGAUUCCGAAAUGACCUGAAGAACCAGACGCGGUACUGGGUUUGGUUGGGUCUGACCUUAGAAACGCGGCUAACCGGGAGUAUUCCGGCUCCUCCCUUUCGCUGCCUUUCAGGCUGGAGGACGGGUUGCUCUAAACGUGCGUGAUAACGAAGUUCCAGAUAGACACCGUGGGCACCAGCCCAUGGAUUUCUGCCUGGGAGUACAGUAGUCGGGAGAGUAAAGGCAGUUUCUCAAUCAUUAUUCAUGAUGGAAGCACUUUAGAUAACACACCUCUUCCAGAGGCAGUAGAGUGAAAUGCAGGCAUCUCUCCAGUUUUGUUUUGUUUUGUUUUUUCAGGGUGACUUAACCUCCCUUUUUCUCAAUACCAAUAACCGAUUCUCAGCGGCUCCUUGGAUGUCAAAGCCCCUUGCAAAUACGCAGGCCGGAGUUACUUAACGCCUCUCGCGCUCCAAACUCUAAGGGGCCCCUGAGUGUACAGCAGAAUGGUAUAUGAUCCGAUGUUUAGGAAUUCAUAAUUUGAAAUUAGAUACAAACACCUUUCUGGUAAAGUUCAAAUGUUCUAACAUAGUGUGCCCCUGUGGACAAAGCACAGCCCUAAUAAGGGAUAAAGGAGCCGAAAGCCAAGGAACCUAUUUUCUUUUGUGACUUGUGGUGGCGGUUCUUGUUGCACUGGAUGGGUGUAUGGAUCAUAUAAUUUAUUUAAAAAUAUUUGUAAGUGCUUUAUAAGUAUUAACUUGUUUUUUUUGGUUUUUUUUUUUUGUUUUUUUGCGGUACACGGGCCUCUCACCGCUGUGGCCUCUCCCGUUGCGGAGCACAGGCUCCGGACGCGCAGGCUCAGUGGCCAUGGCCCACGGGCCCAGCCGCUCCGCGGCAUGUGGGAUCUUCCCGGACCGGGGCAUGAACCCGUGUCCCCUGCAUCGGCAGGCGGACUCCCAACCACUGCGCCACCAGGGAAGUCCAGUAUUAACUUGUUUAAUCCUUCAAACAGUUCAAUCAGGACUCCAAAUCUAAUUUGUUUAGUAAAGUCUGAAAGAAGAAAGCCUUCAAGACCUGAAUAUGACCAGAGGGAAGAAAGGGUUUUCAGAAGCCCAUACAUGGCCUUUUACCUUUAAGGGCUAUUUCCCACACUACAAUCAGCAAGGUGCCUGGUGGUAGCUGCUCCGUUGGACUGCAGUGCAUGAUGAUAAAGAGCAAUGCCACCCCUGCUGACCUUCUCUUCCUGGACAGGAGUAUGAGUACAAGGACAGAAGUCAAGAGAGACUGAAAGAAAAGCCCAUUGUGGACCCUGGCCAACGCCGAGAGGUUGAGAGAUGGAUGGGCAGAGGAACAAAGACUUGUUGAAGACCUGCUGAGGCAAAUCCAAAGGCAUGAGUCACUCCCGUGGCGUUCCAAUGGCAGCAGAUUGAGUGGCUAUGAUCUGGAACCAGGGGUUCUGCUUGGAAAUUUUCCAGGAAAGAGGAAAACUUGGGGUGAGAAGAGAAAGGAUAACCUUGCCGGCCUGAGGGCAAAACAUGUUGGAAACACAAAAAACAAAUGAUGUCCCUUGGCUGAACUUUCUUAGUCUAUACAGGUGCUAAAUAUUAGGUUAUCUUUUCACUUCUUCAGAUUUUUUUAAAAAUCUUCUCUUCUCAGGAGCUGAAAUGAAUAUAUACCUAAUAGAAGGGGUUCUUUUUUUUUUUUUGGUUUUAAAGGUUACAUGUCACUGUGUAUUCUAGGAAGAUAAUUUGAGGUUCAUUCAACCUUAGUUGUGCCAGCAGGAAGACAAGUGGCCCCAGUGUGUGUUAUAGGUGUACACACUGUCACUAAUUCAGGAUGCCUUCAUUCAUUCGUUCUCUGAUGUGUAUUAGCAUUUUCUGUUGACCAAGAGUAGUUUUGUCACAAGUCUGAUUAGUAGUGAGAUGGAACAUCUUGUACGUUUAUUAACCAUUUAUUUUAAGUAAUGCCUUGUUGAUGUGUUACUUAAAAGAAAGUUUUAUUUUAUCUCUUGGAUAUAGCUUGUACACUAAAAUUCCCCACAUUAUUGUAUAUUACUUACCUUAUAAACAAAAGCCCACCGGUGCCGCUUUUGGAUACCACACCAGAGAGGACAAAGGAAACUUGUUGUAAACCCAAACCCACUAUUUAAAGAAAUCUCGCGAUUCCUCUGGGUCACAGCAUAGGAAUGAGCCAAAGGCAGAUUCAGGCAUUUUUCUUGUUGGUUGUACUCUGAGCACUUUUGCCCAGAUCUUCACACAUGUGGGACUGGCCUUGCCUGGUGUGGAACCUGAGACAUGGGGGUAUGCUGGUAACAAGGAAAUGGUGCAUUAGUUUGCUAGGACUGCCAUAACAAAGUACCACAGACGAGGUGGGUGGCUUACAGCAGGAAUUUAUUGUCUCACACUCCAGAGGCUAAGAGUCCGAAAUCAUGGUGUCAGCUGCGUUGAUUCCUCCGAGGGCUGUGAGGGAAGGAUCUGUUCCAGGCCUUUCUCCUUGGCUUAUAGAUGGCUGACUUCUCCCUGUGUCUCUUCACAUUGGCUUCCCUCCAUAUGCAUCUGUCUUUAUGUCCAAAUUUCCCCUUUUUAUAAGGACACCAACCAUAUUGGGUUAGGGCUUACCCUACUGACCUCAUAUUAAAGACCCUAUCUCCAAAUGAGAUCACAUUCUGAGCUACUGGGGCUUAGGACCCCAACAUAUCUUUUUUCUUUCUUUUUUUUAUUUUUUCAGGGCAGGGAAGCAAGGACAAUUCAACAACAACUGAUGGCAUAAUAAUGAAGUUAAUAGUAAAAGUGGGGUCAGAGCCUGGCUCUCUGACUAGUUACCCAGGAUUUUUUUAUCAGACCCCGCACCUCUGCAUUCCAUGCUGUCUUCCUGCCCUUUUCCCUGGGUUCCUGUUGAUUCCUGUGCAUUUCUCUAAUGUAAUAAUGAGGUAAUUGGGCAUUUAUCUCCCUGAUGAGACUUCAGCACUAGCUGUGAGCAGGGACUGUGUCUUUUGUUCCUGUGUCUAGCACCGUGCCUGACCCAGACAAGGUGAUUGAAUGGAUAACAACAUCUAUCUUGUAAAGAGUGCCGGUCCACACUGCCAUUCGUCUUCCUGAUUGCACAACUAAAUAUAAGUGAAUCUAGACUCAGCCCUGUGAAACAAAGUGGCAUGAAAACUUGAAACAUUUAAAAAUCCUUAUUAAGUAUAUUGUGGCACAUUGUGGAUAGAAGCUUCUAGAUGGGAUGGUGGAAUAAGGAAGUCCAAAAUGGGGGAGUCCUUACAUGCAGCUACUUCAUGAGUGAAGCAAGUUCAGCCAAAGGAUACUGUGCCCUACUUACAUUAAUAAUGAACUUCAGAUUUAAAGUCUAAGUUAAAAAUUACAGUUAGAGAAAAUGGAAAUACUUCUGUGGAGAUUAUUCUGUGGUUAAUAAAUAGAGUUCAUGAGGAAGGCC